UAAUACUCGCGAAAAGCCAACCACAAAAUACCCAUUUUUCACAGCCCCUGAAGCCCGCGAUCCUUGGCUGUCGGGCAAAAAGAGCUGCGACGCUGCCACGCCGCGAGGAGGGCCGGUGACACAGCAGAGGAGCGCGGAGCGCACCGAGCGGCUCCGCCCGUGCGGCGGCACCGGACGCGGCGUGACGCCACUGCCGGCACCGCCUCCGUGCGACCGCCGCUUCCCUUCCCUCCGUGAGAUCGCCGCUUCCCUCCGUGCGAUCGCAUCCUCCCUUCCCCGCGACCGCCGCCUCCUUCCCCCCGACCGCCUUCCCUCCGUGCGAUCGCCGCUUCUUCCCCGCGAUCGCAUCUUCUCUUCCCCGCGACCGCCGCUUCUUCCCCUCGACCGCAGCUCGUUCCCCGGGACCGCCGCCUGCAGCUCCGACGAUCGCUCGGUGCCGCUGCCGGCCAUGAGCAAGCGCAAAGCUCCGCAGGAGAGCCCCAACGAGGGCAUCACCGACUUCCUCACCGAGCUGGCCAACUACGAGCGCAACGUGAACCGGGCCAUCCACAAGUACAACGCGUACAGGAAAGCGGCCUCGGUCAUCUCCCGGUAUCCGAGCAAGAUUCAGAGCGGGGCUGAAGCCAAGAAGCUGGAUGGAGUGGGUGCUAAAAUAGCUGAAAAGAUAGAUGAGUUCUUAUCCACUGGGAAACUACGUAAAUUGGAAAAGAUUCGACAAGAUGAUACAAGUGCUUCUAUCAAUUUCCUGACACGAGUCACUGGCAUUGGUCCUGCUGCUGCCAGGAAGUUUGUGGAGGAAGGAAUUAAGACUUUAGAAGAUCUGAGAAAAAUUGAGCACAAGCUGACCCAUCACCAGCGAAUUGGGCUGAAAUACUUUGAAGAUUUUGAGAAAAGAAUCCCGAGGGAAGAAAUGCUGCAAAUGCAGGAAAUUGUGCUCCAAGAGAUAAAGAAGCUGGACCCAAACUAUAUUGCUACAGUCUGUGGCAGUUUUAGGCGAGGUGCAGAGUCAAGUGGUGAUAUGGAUGUUCUCCUAACCCAUCCCAGUUUCACAUCUGAAUCAUCCAAACAGUCAAAACUUUUGCAUAAGGUUGUGGAACAGCUGGAAAAAGUCCACUUUGUCACAGAUAUGCUGUCUAAAGGUGACACCAAAUUCAUGGGAGUCUGCCAGCUGCCAGAUAAAGAAGAUGGCACAGCUUAUCCACACCGCAGAAUUGAUAUCAGGCUUAUCCCGAAAGAUCAGUAUUACUGUGGUGUGCUGUAUUUCACAGGAAGUGAUAUAUUCAAUAAAAACAUGAGAACCCAUGCUCUGGAAAUGGGCUUCACAAUCAAUGAGUACACAAUCCGCCGCUUGGGUGUGACUGGAGUUGCUGGGGAGGCCCUGCCAGUAGAAUGUGAAAAAGACAUCUUUGACUACAUCCAGUGGAAGUACAGAGAGCCCAAGGAUCGGAGUGAAUAAUUAACUGCUUGUCAGGCUUUAUAGCCUACAGAGAUAUUUUUAUAGCUUCUUACAAAGAUGUGAUAGUCUUACUUUGAAUGUUACUUGAAAAACUGUACAUUACUGAAGUCUAAAGCAAGUCCAUGGCACUUGGAACAGAACAGAAUGUGUCAUGAGCAAUAAAUCCUGUGAGAUUCCGUUUUCAUGCAGUCACAGGAUAAUUUGGGUUGGUAGGGACCCCUAAAUGUCAUGUAGUCCAGUCCCCCUGCCAUGAGCAGGGCCAUCUUUGACUAGAGAAGAUUGGACUGGGCUCUAAGCAAUCUGACCUUGAAUGUUUCUGGGGCUGGGGCAUCCAACAUCUCUCUUUAUAUCUUGUAUAUGUGUAGAUAGCAGAAUGAAAACACAUGUCCUGUAUCAUGAAGUCCUCCUGAAGAGCACUAAUUUUUAACUGUUCUCUCUAUCUCCUCCUACCUGUGUUAAGUGUGUUGGUGCAGUGCUGGAGCUCAUGAUGAGUUGCUCUUCUAAAAUCUUUAAUUAUGGGCUGUGUGCUAAGGUGGCCAUUCUCCUGUUGCAUGUGAACUGUGAAUUUUGUUUCUAGCUAUUGAUUGCAGUGCUCUGUGUUUCGUUUGGCUUGGUCUGGUUAAUUGAGGCAUUGCUACUGCUCCUGUAGUUUCAAUUUGCCCUUUUUUAUAUGCAAACCUGUCAAAUCUUAUUUUGCAGCUCCCCUUUAAUUGUUGGGAAAGGGAAUGAGUAUUUUGGAUGUGAGACAAGGUCUCUUCAAGAAUGCAUUACUAGUUGUAUUUGAGACAGGAAUUCUGUUGGUUGGAUUAUUUUUUUUUUAUAAUUUUCAAAGUAGUAAGCUACUAGCUUCCAUGUGUCACACAGCAUGAGCAUGGAAUUUAUUGCUGCUACUGUAUUUGAAUACUGUGUCUUAUUUUCAUCUCUUAAGCCUGUAGAACAGCUACAUUUUCAACUUGUUAUUAUACAGGGAGAGUUGAUCAAUCUUAGUAAUGGAGAUUACAGGCUGAUGCUCUUACUUAUCUAUUUAUUUUCCUCCAUUUUUCUCGUUAGGAGCUUUAAUUUCUGGGAGUGUUCCUUGGUGCUAAUGCAUGUAGUAGUAUGUAAGAAAACUAGAAGUUAACUUGGUACUAUAUGAAGUAUUUUGAUGCCUUAUUGUAAAAAUAGAUGCAUAGCUGAUAUAUUUAGUAUUUUCUUCAGUAACCAAUAGGAAUAAACAAAUGGAAUAUUCCAUCA